UUGUUCACGGGCAGCAAAAACAAGGUCUCUCUCUGUUGACAUCACUUUUUUUUUUCCACUUCGCGAAGGGGAAAAGCUUUCUGCUCCUCCUGACUCUCUCUCUCCCUGCCCGCCUCUUUUGACCCAUUCAGGCCCAAGCCCGAGGAGAAGAGGGGGUUGCCUCGCCUGCCAAUCAUCCCUGUGACGAAAUCCCCAAGCCAUUUAAAUAGAUGGCGAGCGGCCGACGGGCCCACAGCAGGUUGCGAGAGGCAGAUGGUUGAGGGCCGGCUCUUGCUCUCUCGCGCCCUCUACCUGUAGGCGAGGCUGCAGCCUGGAGCACGCUCGCUCACACAAAAGACGACUUUCCUCUCGCGUUGAGGAUUCGCCUGCAUCGGAAGGGCAAUUGGCGCGCAUCAUGCUGAACCUCACCACUGAAAACCACCGCGUGCGUCUGAAUGAUGGCAACACUAUCCCACUGAUUGGGCUUGGCACCUAUGCUGAUCCCAAAAAGACCCCCAAAGGCACUUGUUUAGAAUCCGUGAGAAUAGCCAUUGAUACAGGCUAUCGCCACAUUGAUGGUGCUUAUGUGUAUUACAACGAACAUGAAGUCGGGCAGGCCAUCCGAGAGAAAAUUGCUGAAGGAAAGGUCAAGCGGGAAGAUAUAUUUUACUGCGGCAAACUAUGGAACACAUGUCACCCACCUGAUCUGGUGCGCCCAACUUUGGAGAGGACCUUAGACAUUUUGAAACUUGACUAUGUUGAUCUCUACAUUAUUGAGCUGCCGAUGGCUUUUAAGCCUGGAGAGGCCAUCUAUCCUUUGGAUGAAAAUGGAAAAUGGAUGUACCAUGAGACAGACCUGUGUGCUACUUGGGAAGCAUUGGAAGCAUGCAAAGAUGCUGGCUUGACAAAAUCCAUUGGUGUAUCGAAUUUCAACCGCAGGCAGCUGGAAAUGAUCCUGAACAAACCAGGUCUUAAGCACAAACCUGUCACCAACCAGAUUGAAUGUCACCCCUAUUUUACCCAGCCCAAACUCUUAGAAUUUUGCAGACAGCAUGACAUUGUCCUUGUUGGAUACAGCCCUCUAGGAACUUCAAGAGAUGAAACCUGGGUCAACGUAUCUUCCCCUCCUCUCCUGGAGGAGCCGGUGCUGAAUGCCAUUGGAGACAAGUAUAACAAGACAGCAGCGCAGGUGGCUCUACGCUUCAGCAUCCAACGAGGGGUAGUGGUCAUUCCCAAAAGCUUCAACCCGGAGCGUAUUAGGCAGAACUUUCAGAUCUUUGACUUUUCCCUUACUGACAAGGAAAUGAAGGAGAUCGAAGCACUGAACAAAAAUAUCCGCUAUGUGGAGAUGUUAAUGUGGAAGGACCACCCUGAAUAUCCCUUCCAUGAUGAAUACUGAAACUAUGAUGCUUCCAAGGACAUAUUCGCAAUGUAGCAGUCACUUUUUCCUCUCAUUUUUGCUUCCUAUAAUGGCAAAGUUUUACUCUCUCAUCACAAUACACAAUCACUCCCUCAAUACCACCACUUAUGAAUCUGUCAACCAAGGUGCCUUCAGAAGAGCAACUCAGUUUUCACACGCACCUAAUUUUAGAGAUUGUGACUCAAUUUUGAUGAAAAGGGGAUGGAUCUGCUGCCUUAAAUUCUGGAUUCCACUUUUUUCACUACUUUUCUCAGAUAUAUCAGGUGCUAAAAUUUAAAAGAAUAUUUCUGGUUAAAAUGCCAGAUGUGAAGUCAGGAAAUGUUGCAUGAGGGUUGCAAUUACUCAAAACAAAUAUGUGAAUUUUGGAAGCAGAACUUUUUAAAAAAAAUAAAGCUAUCCUCUUCUAGGUCAAAAA